AUGGUAAAAUUACCCCCUUUUGAUGUCGAGCAGUGGAUGGACAAGUAUGAAACAACACCAGGUGUGCUCAACAUAGCGGAAACAUGCUGCGCGUCUGUUUCUGUUGACGAUCUCAGGAAGUUUAACCGGAAACCAAAUUCACCAUCGCCACUUGACCUUGGAAGAAAAAUGACCUACAGCCCCAUCCGUGGAUCAGAUGAACUCCGCCAGAACAUCGCGAACCUGUACCAUAUGGAAGGGUCCGUACUUAGUCUUUCGCCCUCAUCCGUGAUUGUGACGCAAGGUGCGAUCUCUGCAAAUCACCUAGUAAUUUACAGUCUUGCUGGGCCAGGAGAUCAUCUAUACGCUGUGCCGGAAAGCCUAGGGGCUGAAGUAUCUCUUUGGGAGCUGAAAGCUGAAGACGAAUUCUUACCUGAUGUCAAUAAACUUAUAGGGCUGGUCAAAGGCAACACCAAGAUGCUUGUCAUCAACAAUCCAUACAAUCCAACUGGAGCCACCAUACCCAUUGAGAUGCUGGAGCAGAUUGUGGAAGUUCCCCGCAAGCAUGAUAUCAUCCUUUUUGCAGACGAAGUCUUCCGCCCACUCUUCCACAGCGUAGAGUCUGACAAGAUCCCACCAUCGGUUCUGUCGCUCAAUUACGAGAGGGCAGUCGUUACUUCUCCCAUGUCGAAAGCUUGGGCUCUUGCAGGUAUCCGCGUGGGGUGGAUUGCUUCCAAUGACAGCUCAAUCAUGGGGAAAGUGGCUAUUGCGCGAGAUUACACCACCAUUGGUGUUUCGCAACUGGACGACCAGAUCGCCCGUUAUGCGCUUAGUGAGGAUGUGAGACCACAACUGAUUGACCGAAACAUCACACUUGCUCGGAAGAAUCUCGAAAUCCUAGAUCUGUUCGUGCACAAUCAUUCGGAUUUUGUCUCCUGGGUAAAGCCAACUGCGGGAACGACUGCUUUCAUGCGAUUUAAAAAGAAUGGACAGCCAGUUGAAGACGAGAAAUUCUGUAUCGACGUGUUGCAUGACACGAAAGUCAUGUUUCUACCUGGUUGCAAGUGCUUCGGACACGGAAAGCGGUUCGAGGGCUACGUUCGGGUUGGCUAUGUGCAAGAGACUGAAGGGCUCAGGCGUGCUUUGGAGCAAUUGGGCGCCUAUGUCAAAGAAAACCUUGCGUAA